AUGCCUGUCUCGGUCAACGAUCCCUUCCUCCUGGCGAGCUUCUCCUCCACAACCCACCACCACCAGCAGCAGCAGGCCGUGAGCUGCUCGACCGAGGAGAGAGAUAUCACACCCACAAACGACGAGGAAGACUCUGGCUUGCUUGUCGUUGCUGUCCAAGGCGAAGGUGUCCAACUCUACAAUACCGCGGAUCAGAAGUGCAUUCUCUCAUACUCAACACCACCAGGAUACUCGUUUGCAGGAUCUGCUCAGACACUUCACAAAUCGACUUUGCGCCACGUCUACGCUGUGGUUGCCAAGGGCACUGAUGUCACAGCCAAGGACGAAGGAAAGACUGUCUGGAUGUGGAAGGAGGAGUCAUCGACUCCCAGCUCUGUUGCCGCUGCAGCUGACUCUGACAUGGCAGUGGAUACCGUCAAGUCUUCCUCUGCACGCAAGGCCGUUCAAAAGUUCGACCGCAAGAUUCACCAGCUGCUUGUCUCGGCAUUGCUCCCCAACCACAUCAUUUUGGCCAACGCUGAUGCAAGCAUAUCGCUUGUUACAGGAGAUUUGAAGAGAGUCAUCAACACCAAGGAGCUUUUGGCGCCAUCCACCAUUACCACCACUACUACUACUAAGAGCAAGAGGGAUAAAAAGGAUGCCACCCCUGCUCAGGACACAACCGGACACAUGGUGUGGGCGUCUUCUUUCAACACAACUGGCUCAUGGAUCUCCUCUAAUGCCCUUGCCCGCCAAAUCUUUGUUAUCAUGACAGUUGUCGAGUCCGCCAACAACAAGCUUACCGUCACACUCUCGUAUGUCAACGAGGAGCACCGCGGAUUCUCGACUUUUGGAUCAGUGGAGCUUGAGACCGCAGCUGGAGCCUCUGGAUUCGCGUUUGAUGUCAAGGCUGGGCAGUUCUCAUUCUUGACCGCUGAUGGACUUUUGAAGGUGUACCACUUUGAAGUGGCAGCCGGCGACCAUGCUCUCUCUGCACGCGAGACAUUGACUUUGCCUCUUCCUGGAUACGCCACUUCGUCCGCACCAGCACCAGCUGCCAAAGCAGGAAAGAAGGGCGCGAAGGUUGCUACCGUCAUGGACUCCAAGGUUCACCGUGUUGAUGCUGUCGCUAUGGGUGACAACUACCUCGCACUGGCCGGUAUCCACCAGGUCAAUGACAAGGCAGAACACACAUUGACAAUUUGGGACAUCCAGUACGGAACACUUCAGGCAAAGCAUAUCGUGCCCGGAAACUUCACUGCCCAGAAUACCACCUGCCAGCUCGCCCUUCUUCCCGACUCGACCUUGGUCAUGACGCUCUCGACUCUUCUCAACACCACUAUCAAAUCUGAUAUCUACCUCUGCCCCUUCUACGCCGAACCCGUGUCGCUUUUGGGAGCUAUGGGCAAGAUGAGGGACACUGCGCCCUUCUUGGGACAGCAAGGAUCGAUUCUCGCACAGGAUGCCUACACCUCAACGACGACCUCGCUUUUGGUCCCCUCAGGUCUGUCUAUGAUUGGUAAGGGCAAGGAUUUGUUGAAUGCGGGAGCUGAUCUGGACAAGCAGUUGGACGCCUCACAUUCCGCUGAGAGGACGGCCUUGGCUUCUUUGGCGUCCGAAUCCAAGACCUCGACUGCUCAGGAUUUCGAGAAAGUCUUCUUCAGCCACGUCGAGCAUCAGAUCGCUGAUGCUGUUUCGGACCGCAUGGUACGUCACAACGCAGACGGUGAGAAGGUCAAAGCAGCUCCUCAGGAUAUGGAUGUCGAUACCGAGCCAGUGGUCAAGGCUACCGCCGAGGCUCCUUUGAGCAAGAAGACGAAGAAGAUCUCCAAGGCAGCAGCCAAGGCAGCCAAGGAGGCUAAGGAGACUGAGGAGGAAAAGAAGGCACCUACGGUAGAGGAUGUCGCUGGCGGAUCGUCGUCUGAGUCAUCUUCGGACGAGGACGAGGAUGAGGAACUGAUUGUCCUCAGCUCAGACGAGGAGAAGCACGAUGAGGCCGAUGUUGAGGAGGAGGACGAAUAUGAGGUGGACGAGUUCGAGGAGCGCAACAAGCGGGAGGCUAACCUGAAGGCUAUCGAGACGUGGCGCAAGAUCGAGGCUGCAGCAGUGAAGAAGCACAAGGGAGACCGCCGCCUUUUGCGCCUCGGACGCAAGCAUGCCCCUCUGCCAGAGUUGUCCCACCAUUUCCUGACGACUGUUGUUGGACGCUGCUUUGUUACAUUGGCCAACGGCCAGCCUGAUAUGAGCUUCUGGCCCACCAACGUGGUGGAAUACCUGAUUAAGAACCAGUUGGUUGGCAACUCGAACCCAGGUGCUGGAGAGGGCGGUAUUGCACUUGGACUGAUGGAGCGUGAGCAGUGGUCAUUGCUCGAGUUGGCUUUGCAGAAGCUGUAUGAUAUCCCCGAGAUGGACAUGGUUGUGAUGAUGAAGCAGGUGAUCGGACUCAACAAGCAACAAUCUUCAACAACAGCAGCGACAAAGUCCUCGACGUCAGUACCAAACGUUGCUUCGUUCUUGAACACCAUUAUGGUUGCGCCCAGGAACGACGUCUUCAUGCAGCAGGCGAUUAAGCGGUUUACGGUGGAGGAGCUUGCUAUUAUUUUGGAAAUCUUGAAGGAGUGGAUCGUCAUCUGGGACCAACGUGGAGGGCUCGGUCACCAGAACCAGCGCCCCGACAAGAAGCAGCUCCUCGGCGGCCUUCCCGGCUACGGUGUGUUGGUGGAUAUGACGACGUUGAUUUUGGAUGUCCACUUCCCCUCGCUGAUCCUGUCGCCUUAUAUGCACCCAGUCCUGAAGACGAUCCAAGAGGCGAUCCAGCGUGAGGCCGAGUCAUCGAACCAGUUGGAGCAGAGCCUUCGGGGAGCACUGGGACUGUUUGAUCGUACGCACCGCCAGUCUGUGGCUCUCAAGAAGGCUACACCCUCUGCUGCCCUUGGUGCCGCCGAGUCAACAGCAUCACAUGGUGGUAAUGACAAGAGGAGGAGACGCAAGUGGGUUGGCGGUGGGAUCCAGGAAUAUUCUGUUGAGAUUAUUCAUCUGUAG